UCAGAUUCAAGGUGAGCUAAAAAAAUGUUCACAUUUGGGAUAUUAACAUACACAUUAUUUUACCUACCAGUAUUAAAAAAACAAGACUCCCAAUGAGAAUAUGAGAAACACGUCUCUGUUGCUUAUAGUAUGAAUUUUAGUUCCUAAACCCAAACCCAGCAUGUAGAGUAGAAAGUAGAAAAGAUUUAUCUCUUCUUAUAUCCUUCAAAUUUCCAAAAUUGAACUUUGGUUUGUUAUCAUCAAUCAAAUUCCAUAUACUCAUUUCUCACUGAGAGUGAGAGUGAGUGACAGAAAACAUGGGAAAAGAAAAUGGUUCACUUCACAACAGAAGCAGCAGCGCAGUUUUACCAACCACAGCAACAAACUCCAACAGCAAAAACCGUCGUGGUCGUCAGAUCUCAAAAACAUUCAACAACGUUAAAAUCACCAUCCUCUGUGGCUUCGUCACCAUCCUCGUCCUACGUGGCACCAUAGGCGUUAACCUCAUUUCCUCCGACUCCGACGCCGUUAACCAAAACAUGAUCGAAGAAACCAACCGCAUCAUCGCCGAGAUCCGAUCCGACGCCGACCCAUCUGAUCCUGACGAUAAAGACAACACCUUUUUCAACCCAAAUGCCACUUUUACCCUCGGCCCCAAAAUCUCCGAUUGGGAUUCUGACCGUAAAGCUUGGCUGAAUCAAAACCCUGAAUACCCGAGUUUUGUUCGAGGUAAAGCUCGAAUUUUGCUUCUUACUGGGUCUCCUCCUAAGCCUUGUGAUAACCCAAUUGGGGAUCAUUAUUUGUUAAAGUCUAUUAAGAAUAAGAUUGAUUAUUGUAGAUUACAUGGGAUUGAAAUUGUUUAUAAUAUGGCUCAUCUUGACAUGGAGUUAGCUGGUUAUUGGGCUAAAUUGCCUAUGAUUAGGAGGUUAAUGUUGUCACACCCUGAAGUUGAAUGGAUUUGGUGGAUGGAUAGUGAUGCUUUUUUUACAGAUAUGGUUUUUGAGCUUCCUUUGUCUAAGUAUGAUGAUUAUAAUUUGGUCAUUCAUGGUUACCCUGAUUUGUUGUUUGAGCAGAAGUCAUGGAUUGCUAUCAAUACUGGUAGUUUUCUUUUUAGGAAUUGUCAGUGGUCUUUGGAUUUGCUUGAUGUUUGGGCUCCUAUGGGUCCGAAAGGUCCUGUCAGGGAAGAGGCGGGAAAGAUUUUGACGGCUAAUCUUAAGGGGAGACCGGCUUUUGAGGCGGAUGAUCAGUCUGCGUUGAUAUAUUUGUUGUUGUCGAAGAAGGAGAAGUGGAUGGAUAAGGUGUUUCUUGAGAAUUCUUACUAUUUGCAUGGUUAUUGGGCUGGGUUGGUUGAUCGGUAUGAGGAGAUGAUUGAGAAGUAUCAUCCGGGUUUAGGGGAUGAGAGGUGGCCGUUUGUGACUCAUUUUGUGGGUUGUAAGCCGUGUGGAAGUUAUGGUGAUUAUCCGGUUGAGAGGUGUCUUAGUAGCAUGGAAAGGGCUUUCAACUUCGCUGAUAAUCAGGUGCUCAAACUCUACGGGUUCAGGCAUCGCGGUCUAUUGAGUCCUAAGAUUAAGAGAAUUAGAAAUGAGACAGUUACUCCUUUGGAGUUUGUAGACCAGUUUGAUAUUCGAAGGCAUUCUACAGAAAGCAUUGAAUCAAAAAGCUAGUGAGAAUAACUAGAUUAAUUGGUAAUUAUUACAGAUAGUGGUUGAUUAGAAGUGGAAUUUUAUUGUGAUAGUUCACAUGUAACUUAUUCUUGUUCUGUUGUCUUAGUAUUUCUUUGAAAUGUUAGGAUACAAUUCUUUUAUAAGUUAUUUUCUUUCUGCUGUGUUUGAACUAUCAACAAACAAAUUUUAUUUGUUGAUCUUCUGUAUACUGAACUUCCACUGUAUUUUCUUUUUUGGAGCAUGAAUUCAACUUAAUAUACUUUACAUUC